UGUUGGUCUGGGGCGAGGAGGCCAGUUUAUUUUCCAACUCUACAAGGCCACAGACCGUACCUGAGGAUUGGGGGCUGUGUUACAUGUUGUGUUUUAUGUUUAUUUUCUACUUGGUGGAAGAUGGCUGCAUCUUUCUGAAGUUUGAGAAUCCGAGGUUUGGUUUGUAUAGAACGGAGCAUACCUAUCUAUCUAUGGUGGUGCAUUCAUCUUUGACCAACUCAGUAUAAGGGAUGGUUGCAUCCUUCAACGCUACAUCAAUACCACCUGUUCAGACGGAUGUGGGCUUGAGAAUUGGGAGGCUUUAAUGACAAUACAUUCUAUUCUGGGUUGAUUGAUCAAAACAGCUAGCUGGUUGGUUCGGGGAGAGUACCUAGGGCAGCCAACAACAAUGACAGAUCAACACCCCCCACAAGACGAUAACACCACCACCACCAAAAACAACACCCGCAGACCAUCGUUCGUUUCGUUUUGGAAAAAAGGGAAGGAAUUAGCUUUGGGCAAGGGGAGGAAGAAGAAGGAGGUGAAGUUUGUAGAAGGAGGGGGGUCGGCUGUUGGUAGCGGUGGUGAACAAUCAUCAGACAACCAAGGAAACGACGGCUCUGGAGUCCCAGAAUCAAAAGCCGCCCACCGCCGCGCCCAAGUCAGGCGAGCGCAGAUCCAGCACCGCCAACGCAAAGCCAACUAUGUCAAGGAGCUUGAGCAAGAGGUGGCCAAGAUAAGGAAGCAUAUUGAGGACGUGGACAAGGAGAGGAGGGUGUUGAGGGUGGAGAAUGAGGGGAUGAAGGCCGGAUUGAGGUUGAGGAACGGGGUGUCAUUCCCAGGCCCACAGCCAGCGCCGCCGCAACAGCAGCAAGGGGUAGCAGGGCCGUGGUAUAUGUCUGAAGAAAUGGACUUCACAAUGACGAUGCAGCUCGGCUACGACGAGGUGCUAGGCGCGCCGUGUUACAUGGUUAGCGGGUUAUCAUCCCCAGGGUUUGAAGCAGUGACGAAAGCCACCACAGCGGCAACCGCCAUCCCCAACUCUAGCAUCCUACCCACACCACCGACAACAGCAACUUUCGCCCCUGCUUCCUCUUCCUCGAUCACCACCCCAACCAAAAACCCCAUCACCAACACCCCCGACCACCCUCCCGAGCUACCCUACAUGACCCCACCCCAAAUCCAAACCGCCAUCAAUUUUAUCCUCGCACUAGAACACACCUGCAGAACCCACUUCCACCCCUCCCACUUCUCCCCUCCCACCUCCUCCCCAGUCACCACCCCCCCAUUCCACUCCUCCCAAGGGCACUCCCUCACCGCAACAUCCCUCGCCCUGUCCUCCGCCCCGUCAUCAAUUUUCAGAGCCGCCAAACGCACCCAGCUUUUCCCGGGAAGUGGCAUCAAUCUCAAACCAUCAUCAUCGGGAACUGAGUCCCUAGAAUGGGAAAACUCAGCCCUCACACUAAAAAAUUUGUACCGGCUCUCAAAAGUGUUGGAAAAAGAAGGCGAGGACAGGACCGAGAUCACGCCUGUGCAGGCUUUGUUUGAGAUUUUGGCGAAAUAUGGGGUUGAGAGGGUGAUGGGACGGGUCGAGAGGUUGAAGGGGGAGUUGGGGGGUAGGAGGGUGGUGAGGUGUCCGCAUUUUGGGGCGAGGGUGGAUAGGGGGGAGUGGGAGGUGGUUGUUGAGGGGGUUAUGAGAUGA